AUGGAAUGCUACGGCUGCUACCAGACAUUCAAAACAUUCUCUGGGAUGAUGAUACACCUGGAAUCUGGGAACUGCGAGUCGGAGGUGACCGAGGAUGAAAUUGAUGAUAUUGCUCACGACUGUUUCCAAAGCCGGAAGUAUAUUGAUGACGAUAUUGAAGAUGGAGGAUGGACUUACGUAUGUCCAAGUUGUACCAAGGAUUUUUCCAAGCUUUCGGCGCUUUACCAACAUGCAGAAGACGCCGGUCUCUGCUCUCAUUCAAUGAAGGGACAAGGUUGUCUGGCGAAAUUGGAACGUUUCAUUGCUAGUCGUCUUCGGUAG